AUGUCGACUCUUUUCUUCGGAGCCGGGGGUGGAGAGCUCAGUGAUUCCUGUUCGAUUUCCCUGCCUCUUUUGUUUGUCGAGACUUUGGAUUUUCGGUUGGAUUUUGGAGUCACUGGUUCUUCUUCUUCCUCUUCGUUUUCCUCAGUGGAGAACCAGAAGCCAUUCCUCAAUGCCACUAGGGCGACGACCUCAUUCGGGUGCGAAAUCUUGCCCUUGAUCUCACGGAACUUGUUUAUGUACGCUCUUAGUGGUUCGAAAAGUGCUUGUUUGAGAUUCCAAAGAUCUGCCUCCGUAACUCUUGUCUCUAUGAAGACUGAGUACUGUUUUAGGAACGUAGGCACCAACUGGGAAAGUGGCUCGGUGAAGAAGAGAAGCUACGGCUCGAUGCAGAGGAGAAGCUCCGGUGGUGGCUCGGUGAAGAAGAGAAGCUCCGGUGGUGGCUCCGUGAAGAAGAGAAGCUCCGGUGGUGGCUCGGUGAUGAAGAGAAGCUACAGUGGUGGCUCGGUAAAGAAGAGAAGCUAUGGUGGUGGCUCGAUGCAGAGGAGUAGCUCCUGUGGUGGCUCAGUGAAGAAGAGAAGCUCCGGUGGUGGCUCUGUGAAGAAGAGAAGCUCCGGUGGUGGCUCGUUGAAGAAGAGAAGCUAUGGUGGUGGCUCGGUGAAGAAGAUAAGCUACGGUGGUGGCUCGAUGCAGAGGAGUAGCUCCGGUGGUGGCUCAGUGAAGAAGAGAAGCUCCGGUGGUGGCUUGGUGACAAUCUACGGCAUGCAGUGGUAG